GAGAUAUUCACUCGUUUGGAGGAUGAGAUUUCCAUUUAUGUAUUUAACGAAUACAUGGAAUCAUAAGAUUCAGUCGUUUUUUUUGCUCCAAUUGAAGUUUGAAUAUUUGUAUUUACUUUUUGGGCCCACUUAUAAUCACUCAUUUUGAGUGAUUUACCAAUCUCUACAAGUAUUUGAGUGAUUGUUGGUGGGACCUACAUAAAACAAUGUAUGCAUUAUUUAACACUUUGGCACUUCCAAACAUUGUAUUGUGCACAAUACAUGUAUUCAACAAACACAACUCUAGAAAUCACAACUUCCAAACAACCCUAAUUGAUUUUUUUUUUAAUUAAAAGUGAGACUGUUACGAUCAAAGAAAAAUAAUACACUAAUUAAUUCAAUACAUCAAUUUGCACAAUCGGCCUUAAUUAGAAAAAAUAGGUCUUUGGUAGACGAGAACUUUUCCAGAUUGGAAAAGAAAUACGAGAGGAGGAAAGAAGGAUGAAGCUUCUGUAGGGCAAGAAAGUUAGAGCUGUGAGAGAAGAGUGAAUGUGGGGCUUCUACUUCCGUCUUUGGUGAAUUGAAUGCUGACCCAUUAAAACAGACGCCACUCACCACCGCCUUCUUCCCCCAACCUGCAACUGACGGCCGUCCCUGUUAUUUUUUUCGUCCCACAAACAAAUAUUUAAUAGAGGUAGAGAAAGCUGCUGGCUUCCUCCUUCCUCUCUGUUGUAUCGUUGUCUUCAACAAGCUACCUCCUCCAGCUCCUUCAUUCUCUCCUCCAAAUCUGAUAUUUGAUCAAUCACCCCCUUUCUCCCCAGGAAGAGAUAUCACAUUCCGCCUCCUGAAUCCCAAUCGCAGAAUAACCCGAACCUGCUUUCCUUCUUCUUCUUCUUCAUCUGUUUUUCGUUCAGAUUUCUGUUUCGUGGUUCUGGGUUGAGAUUUUCCCGGUUCCUCUUCUCACAGGUAAACUUCCCUUCCCUUGCCUGUCUGUUGCUCGCCCUUCUUCUUAUUCUACCAAACGAUCUCUUGAUCCGCGGACAUGGGUUUUCUGUAAUGUUUUCUGCCUUCGAAGAUUUCCGCUUUCAUGUUCCCCCCUCCCAAUGUUUGGUCCUGUGAACUUUCAGAUGUUUCUGACAAACCGGAGGGAUCUUUUUCUUCUUUUAAUGCACAAGGAUACUUAACUGCCAUCUGGGUUUUGGAUCUUUUGGUUGAAAGCUUCGUACUUUAGUUUCUGUGUUUGCCCAAUUUCCCUCCAUUGGCGUUUUCUCCAACAUCUAUCUGCAUAGGUUUAGCUGCUGGUUCCUGUUCUUCGUUCUGUAUUUUUUUUUUUUUUGGUCCCUUCAUGAAGCUGUAUUCAGGAUUUUGAACCUUCUAUUUUAUUGUUUCUUUUCUUCUCAUGUUUCUUCGCUUUUUUUUUUUUUUUUUUUUGCAGGUUGAAUCUUGUGUUGGAGGCACUGUUUAACCAUGGGGGAGGCUCCAGCUUUCUACGCUGACAACCUGCAGAAUGGGUUUGAUAUAAAAACAAUCAAAGCCUGUGAAACUUCCAUUAGCAUCCAGGAUAAAACAUAUGUCAUUGGUAGUAGCGAUGACGCCUUCGAGGUUCGGAUCUGUGAUCAAACUACGGGGAAUUGGGUCAUUCCUACCAUUCUCGGCACAAAACCAAAGCCAGGUAAAGGCUAUUCAGCUGCGGCACUGAAUGAAGAUCGAAUCGUGAUGAUUAAGAAGGGAUCUUCCUCAGAUGACUGCAUUUGGUUUCUUGAGGUGGACACUCCAUAUGUCAAGGAGCAGAAACAAAUUCUUGGCGCUGAGGUUGUAGCCUGGAGUAAAGGUGUAAGAGGCAAUGCAGAGGUACCAAUUGUCAUCAGUGGUCCUUCCGGAGUAGGAAAAGGAACGUUGAUAUCAAAGCUCAUGGAGGAAUUCCCAUCCAUGUUUGGAUUCUCUGUGAGUCACACAACCCGAGCACCAAGGGGCAUGGAACAGGAUGGUGUACACUACCAUUUCACUCAAAGAGCUGUAAUGGAGAAGGAUAUCAAAGAUGGAAAGUUUCUCGAGUUUGCCUCUGUCCAUGGCAACCUUUACGGAACCAGCAUUGAAGCCGUCGAAGUGGUGUCAGAUUCUGGAAAGCGAUGCAUCCUUGAUAUUGAUGUUCAAGGAGCAAGAUCUGUGAGGGCAAGCCCUCUGGAUGCAGUCUUUGUCUUCAUAUGCCCCCCAUCCAUGGAUGAGCUUGAGCAUCGCCUUCGUGCAAGAGCGACAGAGUCUGAGGAGCAGAUCCUUAAGCGACUGCGCAAUGCGAAGGCUGAGAUCGAGCAAGGCCAAUCCUCCGGCAUCUUUGACCACAUCCUCUAUAAUGACAACCUCGAAGAGUGUUACCAAAGCCUUAAAAAAAUUAUUGGCUUGGAUGGACCUGUGGUGGCUACCCAGAAAACAGCGCCUCUAGGAAUCAAUCUCCCGGAAGAGCAUUCAGUGUCGGUAAUGGAUAGCAAAAUCAUCAUCAAGGGUGGAACUGCAGAACUAGAGAAUGCCUCAAAGAACUUGAUUGUGUUGGAUGUGUCCUCUCUCAAGGGAGGAGCUCCAGGGCGGACGAGAGGACUAGAGUUGCACGCUGUCGACUCCUUCUCCGACGGCCUGACCUCGGAUUGCUGACAAGAGAAGAGCCCCCGGAAACUAACUUGAAUGCUGACAUGCUGUUUAUUUUCAUCUACGUCAUUUCUUUUUUAUUUACUAAGUGGGAAAUAUAAGCAGCAGUGAGUCAGUGACAGAAAAGCUUCAUUGAUAGACUUCAAAACCUUCACAUGAUAACUUGCAUAUCUUGGUUCUUUAUAGUUUGAUGGCUUCCUUCCAUAGUUUCAUUCCAUUCAGUCCUAUUCUAACUUCCUUGCUCGCCGCGUUCUGUACAAUAGCCCGAACUGCUAACUGGACAGUUGCUGAGGCAUCAAAAUAGCGCUUACGCUUGUUCGCAUGAUCAACAGCCCUCGAUUGGCGAAUCGAACUGCAACUAAGCAGAGGUAAACAUGAUGCUUAUACAGUUGGAAUAGCCAAAUUCGUUACCUUUGUGGGGUUAGAUGCAGAAGUGGGGCUGCUGAACGGUUGGUUUGGCCAUUUAUCUUUGAAACUUUCAAGAGGCGCUUUUCCCCCUUAUUCAAUGGCGUCUUGUGUAGAUAUGGCCAGAUUAGAUUGGUGGUGGGUGGUGGGGAGGCGCAUCUUUCUUAUCAACUUUUAGCGGAUUGCGCAAAAAAAGAGUCGGCAGAUUCAUCCUUUGCCUUUGUGUAAUUGGUGGGUUUGUGAAACUGAAUUGGCCCCAUAUCCAGCAACAGAAUACUGAUAUAUUUUUAUAGACAAGUUGGUAGGGUCUGGAAUUCAGCAAGAUACAGGUGGACUGAUUCUUUUGUCUCACUGACUGCUGAUUCUUUGUUGUCAUCAAGUAGCCGUAGUUAGUAGCACACACACUUGCCCCACAUUGAACGUAGGUGACUCUUAUCUUCUGUUCUUCGUUAUUGUCUUUAUUUGAUGCAACAAAAUGAUGGUUUCAUCGAAUUUUUUUGGUUCUCAAUUUGGAAGGUGGUAUGAUUACAUGGAAUGAAAUGGAUGAGGAUCA